GAGGCGGGCUGAGUGCUGUCCAACAGUUUACUGAGAGCUGGAGACCUACAAACUCAAUUUCUGUGGCUCUGUAAAUGAAGUGUAAACCUGACAGACCCAGAGCCUAGUUGUGAUGGCGCAGGACGUUACAACUUUAACUGGAGAGGACUAUUUAGAGGGGAAAUCACCCUGUUGUUCAGACACAGGAGCUUUGAACGAAGGAGACAAAGAAUAUGACGACAUCUUGGAGCUUAAUCAGUUUGAUGGACUGCCUUAUUCCUCCAGGUUUUACAAACUGCUGAAAGAAAGGAAGGAACUGCCAGUGUGGAAAGCAAAGUGUGAAUUCAUGGACACUUUGGCCAAAGAACAGUUUGUUGUUGUCAGUGGCUCUGCCAAAACUGGUAGGAGCUCUCAAAUACCUCAGUGGUGUGCUGAAUUCUGCCUGUCAGUCCAGUUCCAGCACGGCAUGGUGGUUUGUACCCAGAUACAUGCACAACAGGCUGUAGAUCUCGCCCUCAGAGUGGCUGACGAGAUGGAUGUCAACAUCGGUCACGAAGUUGGGUACAGCAUCCCUCUUGAAAGUUGCUGCACUACUGACACAGUCCUCAGAUACUGCACGGAUGACAUGCUUCUGAGGGAGAUGAUGUCAGACCCUUUGCUCGCACACUACGGUGUUGUGGUCGUGGAUCAGGCCCACCAGAGGACUGUAGCCACUGAUGUUCUCCUGGGUCUGCUGAAGGACAUCGUCCUGCAGAGGCCAGAGCUCCGUGUGGUCCUCCUUACAGCUUUCCCACCCAGCCCCAAGCACCUGGCCCACUUUACCGGGUCGGCAGCGCGUUUGAUUCACCUGGAGACCACGGGUGCAGGGGAGGUGGUGUACAGCAGCACAGGCGACGGCUAUUUCUGCUCUGCUCUCCGUCUCGUGCUGGAGAUCCAUCGCUCCAGAGAGAAGGGGGAUGUGGUUGUGUUUUUGGUGACAACGCAGGAGAUAGAUCUGGCCCACAACAUCCUGUCCCAUGAGAGGAAGAGCUUACCCAUCGAUCUGGGUGAGCUACUGCCAAUAGCUGUGCACCCUGGGCAGCCUGGGAGUCUGCCUGUCCUGGGGGAAGAGGACACCAGCCAGACCCGCCGAGUGUUCCUCAGUUCAAGCCCAAAUGAGGACUUUUUCUGGGCUGUUAACUCGAUAAGCUUUGUUAUUGAUGCCGGGCUUGAGAAAAGAUAUGUCUACAACCCCAGGAUCAGAACAAACUCAGUCAUCAUUCAGCCUAUCAGCACCGGUCAAACCGAGAGUCGAAGGCAACUGGCAGGUCCGGCAGGCAAGUGUUUCCGUCUGUAUCCAAAGGAUAGACAACUUCCUACUCAGAUACGCCCGCAUAUUGUGGAGUCUGACAUCACAUCCACUGUGCUGUUCUUGAAGAGGAUGGAGAUCGCCGGACUGGGUCACUGCGAAUUCAUAGACAGACCAGAUCCUGCAGGCCUCAUGCAGGCUUUGGAGGAGCUCGACUACCUAGCAGCUCUGGAUAAUGACGGCAACCUGUCUGAGAUGGGCAUCAUCAUGUCUGAGUUCUCAUUGGAGCCACAGAUGGCAAAGACCGUGCUCGCCUCCUGUGAGUUUGACUGCGUCAGCGAGGUGGUCAUCAUUGCUGCUAUGCUAUCAGCGCCAUCUUGCUUCAUGGUUCCUUCUGUGGAGCUGAAACCAGAGGCGACCCAGUGCUACAUGAAGUUCCAGCACCCAGAGGGAGACCACUUCACCCUGAUUAAUAUCUACAAGGCCUUUAAACAGUGCCAGCAGGAUCCAUACUGUAAUAUAGAGAAGUGGUGUCAAGACUUUUAUCUGGACCACAAUGCUUUGUUGAUGGCCGACGGGAUUCGCAGUGAGCUCACCGACACCCUGAAGAGGAUCGAGCUGCCCAUUUCAGUGCCUGCCUUUGGUUCCCGAAGUAACACGGUCAACAUUAAGAGAGCCCUCUUAGCAGGUUUCUUCAUGCAGGUGGCACGUGAUGUGGAUGGAUCUGGGAACUACUUUAUUAUAACCCACAAGCACAUAGCGCAGAUCCAUCCUCUGUCUGGCUACGGAGCCAAGAGUCCCAAGCUGGGCCUGCCUGAGUGGGUGUUGUUCCACGAACACUCCUUUUCAGAGGACAACUGCCUCCGCACCGUAACCCACAUAACACCACAGGAACCACCCUUCUGAGGGAGGCUUAAAUGUAAUCAGAUGGACACAUUCCCCUUCCCCUUUGAACCGUAUGUAUUUAAAGGCCUAGUUCAGCUCAGACUGGUCAUGCUGGUUGUGGAGGGAGGUCCUAUAAUCCUGCUUUCUAAGUAUCUGCUAGUUGAAGAAGGGAUUAUGGAUUGCACAGAUCUCUAAGAAUGUGGAGCUGCAGCUUAAUGGAGGGAGAGAAAGCUCUAUAGCCUUUCUCAUGCCGUCUUACGUUUCACAUCCUGAGCAUGUGCAAAUCCGUUCACUGUAGCUCGAAUAUGAGGAGCAGACACACCGUAAGUCUUCUUUCCAACAAAGGCGUGUGCCGCUCAGCACUAAAUGAGAUCGAAAACAGCUUUGCAAAUUGAAAUUAAGUUUGCAUUAGUUAAAUUCAUCACAAAUUAGAAGGUCUACAGUUGUUUUUUCAGUGCACAGAACACUAAAAUAUUCUCUCCUUCGUUAGGUUCAUUCAGAUGGCACCACAGUACUUUUUCUACAACUUACCAUCGAGUGAGAGCAAAG